UUAAACACGUAGUAGUCAAACAUUCAGUGGAUUGGUCGAUAACCCAGGUACAACAUUUUGAGUAUUAUGAAAACAAACAAUUAUAUGAGCGGGAAAAUUAAUAUGCUAAAUUCUACAAACCGUAUAAGGUAGUGGGACCUGAUUAAAAGACAAUCAUUUGGAUUUUGUUAUCAGGAAUAUAACGUUAUACUUUUUUGUUCAAAAUAAGUUAUAUAAUUUACAAGUCUGCAGAAUAGGAGUUCAUACUUAAAACUGGGAAUACUGAUUCAUACUGAUGUCGAAAAACAGACCAAAUUCUAGAAUAGAAGGUCGUGUACCACAUGAAGAUGAAGCACUUGCUCAAUCUCUGGGCGACAUCGAACUAGAUUUACCUAUUGAUUCUGACAAAGCCAGAGAAGUCCAUGCAACAGACCACAUUGACAAACUCAUUAAUGACACUUCAGAUCAUGGUACAAUAUUUGGCUUAAACAUCAAACACGAAUUACGAAUACCAAGUAAAAGAGCUGGUAAAGUCCAUUCAACAGAUUAUGAUGAAACUGUCAUUCUUAAGACUGUUGAUAAUGGUAUAAAAUUUGGUACAGAAAUCAAAUAUGGAGUGAGACCAAGUAAAAGAGUUCGUGUACCACUUCUGGACGAAGGCUGGGAAUCUCUAGGCAUUAGUGGACUAGAUGUACCUAUUGAUCAUGGAAAAGAAGUCAAUAAGAUAUCUGUAGCAAGCAUUACUGACAACAACAUGCAUAUGAGACCAUGGCCUGUUGUUAUAGUGCCGCCACCGCCGCCAGAUCCGCCGAAUCCGAAUUAACAAUGAUGAAUUUGUUCUUAAUAAAAUAAGAAGUGUAUU